AUGGCAAAAGUUGUGUCUUCAAAGGCGCUGGAAUGUCAAGCCUAUCAUUUACCAUCCAUCACGAUUCAAGCUGACGGUGAAACACCCGCCACUCCAACAUGCCGCUGCAGCCUCAGGCGAAACCCAGAAGAAGGCGAAUUCGAAAACAGUGACGAUGCACAGAUAUCCAAGAAGCAGAGCAUUCUACAUCAGAAUGACGCGCCAUCUCCGGGCCUCUCUCCCUUUGCCUCGAUUCGUCCACCCGAGCCAUCGUCCAUAAAUGACAUUCUUCGACAACACUGCCGAGAGAGCCUCUACGUGAAGCCGUUGUAUUGGACACUACAUCACCUAGAGCUGUUGGGCUGUCAAUUUUAUGCUAAGAUCGAGAAAGAGGAAAAUGCCCGUCAUGCUGAAAACGCUGGAAGCUUCCAAGGACACUCCCAAGGACAGCCUGGAGACCAAGUCCCAAACACCACAAAAUUACCCCCCGACACCAUCAUUCGACGUGCAGGUUUCAGCUCUACUCUCAAGUUUUACUUCAACAGCCGUCAUGUUAACAGCCUUUCUACCUAUGGUACUUUCCUGCACACUCUAUACAAAUCCGACGGGCCCCGUCUUGCGUUUCUUAGUCUUCGUGACGUCGGUGUGCGACGCAACAUGUCGAUUAGGCUUCGGCAUGUCAGGAGAAGCUCGCCAGAGUAUAGGGCUCUACAGAAGAAACGGGACCAAGUGUGGCCUGUCAACGAAGUCGAAGAUCCAUAUGUAGCAGCGGUUUUGAUAGCCUUGGCUCAGAAGCAACAGCGUCAACAGCACACCGCUGCAGUGACACAAGCGGACACACUGAACAGGGGAGACGCAUCAGAUGGCGAAACAAAGGCUUACGAAGUUUUCCUCAUGGCUCACUCGGCAAUGGAUAAGCCAUGCCUCUACUUUUACACUGCUCGCAUCCCUUCUUCGUUUCUCGGUCGAUUAGACAAUCCGUCGCUAAAUAUCCCAAGUCGUCCAUUUCGCAUCAAGUAUCAUCAAAUUUCGUUCUCAUCCAUUGAUGCAAUGAAAGAGGAUCUGAAGUUUGCAAUCUCUGUGAUAUACGGCGAAGAAUAUGUCUUCUAG